AUGAAGUUAAAGGAAGUAGAUCGUACUGCCAUGCAGGCAUGGAGCCCUGCCCAGAAUCAUCCCAUUUACCUAGCUACAGGAACAUCUGCUCAGCAAUUGGAUGCAACAUUUAGUACCAAUGCUUCCCUUGAGAUAUUUGAAUUCGAUCUUUCUGAUCCAUCCUUGGAUAUGAAAUCUUGUGCCACCUUUUCUUCUUCUCACAGAUACCACAAGUUGAUUUGGGGGCCUCAUAAGAUGGAUUCCAAAGGAAAUGUCUCUGGAGUUCUGAUUGCAGGUGGUGAAAAUGGAAAUAUUUUUCUUUAUGAUCCUUCUAAAAUUAUAGCUGGAGACAAGGAAGUUGUGAUUGCCCAAAAUGAUAAGCAUACUGGCCCAGUGAGAGCCUUGGAUGUGAACAUUUUCCAGACUAACUUGGUAGCUUCUGGUGCUAAUGAAUCUGAAAUUUACAUUUGGGAUCUAAAUAAUUUUGCAACUCCAAUGACACCAGGAGCCAAAACACAGCCCCUAGAAGAUAUCAGCUGCAUUGCAUGGAAUAGACAAGUCCAACAUAUUUUAGCAUCAGCCAGUCCCAGUGGUCGGGCCACUGUCUGGGAUCUUAGAAAAAAUGAACCUAUCAUCAAAGUCAGUGAUCAUAACAACAGGAUGCAUUGCUCUGGGUUGGCGUGGCAUCCUGAAGUUGCUACUCAAAUGGUCCUUGCAUCUGAAGAUGAUAGGUUACCAGUGGUCCAGGUGUGGGAUCUUCGCUUUGCCUCCACUCCACUCCGCGUCCUGGAAAACCAUGCCAGGGGAAUUUUGGCAAUUGCUUGGAGCAUGGCAGAUCCUGAAUUGUUACUGAGCUGUGGAAAAGAUGCUAAGAUUCUCUGCUCCAACCCAAACACAGGAGAGGUCUUAUAUGAGCUACCCACCAACACACAGUGGUGCUUUGAUAUUCAGUGGUGUCCCAGAAAUCCUGCUGUCUUGUCAGCUGCUUCCUUUGAUGGGCGUAUCAGUGUGUACUCUAUCAUGGGAGGGAGUACAGAUGGUUUGAGGCAGAAACAAGCUGACAAGCUUUCAUCAUCUUUUGGAAAUCUUGAUCCCUUUGGCACAGGACAGCCCCUUCCUCCAUUACAAAUUCCUCAGCAGGCUGCUCAGCAUACUAUAGUGUUGCCUUUGAAGAAGCCACCCAAAUGGAUCCGAAGGCCUAUUGGUGCUUCCUUUUCAUUUGGAGGCAAACUGGUUACCUUUGAGAAUGUCAAAGUACAGUCUCAGCAGGGAGCUGAGCUGCAGCCGCACGUGUUCAUUAGUCAGGUUGUAACUGAAAAGGAAUUCCUCAGCCGAUCAGACCAACUUCAGCAAGUUGUGCAAUCACAAGGCUUUGUCAAUUAUUGUCAGAAAAAAAUUGAUGCUUCUCAGUCGGAUUUUGAAAAAAAUGUGUGGUCCUUUUUGAAGGUAAACUUUGAAGAUGAUUCUCGUGGAAAAUACCUUCAACUUCUAGGAUACAGUAAAGAAGACCUAGGAAAAAAGAUUGCUUUGGCCUUGAACAAAGUGGAUGGACCCAAUGUGGCUCUUAAAGACUCUGACCAAGUAGCACAGAGUGAUGGGGAGGAGACCCCCGCUGCUGAAGAGCAGCUCUUGGGAGAGCACAUUAAAGAGGAAAAACAAGAAUCUGAAUUUCUACCUUCAGUUGGAGGACCAUUUAACAUCUCCAUCAGUGGGGAUAUUGAUGGUUUAAUUACUCAGGCUUUGCUGACUGGUAGCUUUGAGAGUGCUGUUGACCUUUGUUUACAUGAUAACCGCAUGGCUGAUGCCAUAAUAUUGGCGAUAGCAGGUGGACAAGAACUUUUGGCUCGAACCCAGAAAAAAUACUUUGCAAAAUCCCAAAGCAAAAUUACCAGGCUAAUUACUGCAGUGGUGAUGAAGAACUGGAAAGAAAUUGUUGAGUCUUGUGACCUUAAAAAUUGGAGAGAGGCUUUAGCUGCAGUAUUGACUUAUGCUAAACCUGAUGAGUUUUCAGCCCUUUGUGAUCUUUUGGGAACCAGGCUUGAAAGUGAAGGUGAUAGCCUCCUGCAGACUCAGGCAUGUCUCUGCUAUAUUUGUGCAGGGAAUGUAGAGAAAUUAGUUGCAUGCUGGACUAAAGCUCAGGAUGGAAGCAACCCUUUGUCCCUUCAGGAUCUGAUUGAGAAAGUUGUCAUCCUACGGAAGGCUGUACAACGCACACAAGCCAUGGACACUAAUACUGUAGGAGUUCUUUUGGCUGAGAAGAUGAGUCAGUAUGCCAAUUUGUUAGCAGCCCAGGGCAGUAUUGCUGCAGCCUUGGCUUUUCUUCCUGAGAGCACCAACCAGCCAAAUAUUGUGCAGCUUCGUGACAGACUUUGCAGAGCACAAGGAGAGCCUGUACCAGGACAGGAAUCACCUCAAGUACCUUAUGAGAGGCAGCAUCUGCCCAAGGGCAGGCCUGGACCAGUUGCUGACCACACACAGAUUCCAAGAGUUCCAACUCAACAAUAUUAUCCCCAUGGAGAAAAUCCUCCACCUCCAGGUUUCAUAAUGCAUGGAAAUGUUAACCCAAAUGUUGCCUCAGCUCAGCUUUCCACAUCUCCGGGCCAUAUGCACACCCAGGUACCACCUUAUCCACAGCCACAGCCUUAUCAACCAGUCCAGCAGUAUUCCUUCGGAACAGGGGGGUCAGCAACGUAUCGACCUCAGCAGCCUGCUGCUUCUUCUGCUUCAAACGCUUACCCUAACACCCCUUACAUACCUUCUGCUCCUUCCUAUUCUGGGCAGUCUCAGCUGUAUGCAGCACAGCACCAGGCCUCUCCACCUACCUCCAGUCCUACUGCUUCUUUUCCCCCUCCCCCUUCCUCUGGAGCAUCCUUCCAGCAUGGCGGACCAGGAGCUCCACCAUCUGCAGCCUAUGCACUACCUCCUGGAACAACAGGUACACUGCCUGCUGCCAGUGAGCUGCCUGCGUCCCAAAGAACAGGUCCUCAGAAUGGUUGGAAUGAUCCUCCAGCUUUGAACAGAGUACCCAAGAAGAAGAAGAUGCCAGAAAACUUUAUGCCUCCUGUUCCCAUCACAUCACCAAUCAUGAACCCCAUGGGUGACCCCCAGUCACAGAUGCUGCAACAACCUUCAGCUCCAGGUCCACUGUCAAACCAAGCUUCAUUCUCCCAGCCACAUCUUCCAGGUGGCCAGCCCUCUUUUCAGGGCUUACAGCAACCCCUUGGUCAACCAGGCAUGCCACCAUCUUUCUCAAAGCCCAAUAUUGAAGGUGCCCCAGGAGGUCCUAUUGGAAAUACCAUCCAGCAUGUGCAGGCUUUACCCACAGAAAAAAUUACCAAGAAACCUAUUCCAGAUGAGCACCUCAUUCUAAAGACCACAUUUGAGGACCUUAUUCAGCGCUGCCUCUCUUCAGCCACAGAUCCUCAAACCAAAAGGAAGCUAGAUGAUGCCAACAAACGCUUGGAGUUUCUGUAUGAUAAACUUAGGGAACAGACACUUUCACCCACAAUCAUCAAUGGCUUACACAACAUUGCAAGGAGCAUUGAAACACGGAACUACUCCGAAGGCUUAACCAUCCACACCCACAUAGUCAGCACCAGCAACUUCAGCGAGACCUCUGCUUUCAUGCCAGUUCUCAAAGUUGUCCUCACCCAGGCCAAUAAACUGGGUGUCUAA